AUACCCCAAUUUUUAGCUCACUCACAGAGCAGAUUCACUAUAACUUCAACUUAGUCGGGUGUAUUUUUCUUUUCCCAACAUAUAUUUCGCGAAAAAACUUUAAAAUUCAAAGAUAAGUGAACAUUCGUAUGCCAAAUUAUUCGAGAGUCUGUGUCAAAUUAAAAAAUACAUAAAAUUUGUUUAUAUAUAUUUCACAACCUUGUAAGUCAUCCCAGAUAACAUAAUAACAGGGUUUGUGUUGAUACAAGAGAAGUAAAUAUCAAAAAUCAUCUUUUUGAUAAAUAGUGAAAGAGAAAAAUAAGAAAAUAAUUUGUGGAAAACAAUGAAAACAUUCCCACCAUCAUCGAUAAAAGCCUUGCUUAUCAAUCGAUGAUCAUGAAUCUUUUACAAAAUUGUGGCCCUGGACCGGGUCCACCAACCUCAUCAAUUCAAACAUCUCAAACAAACGGAUUACCUUAUCAAUUAUCAAAUGGACUGUCAUCAUCAAGCAAUACAUCAAGUCGAUGUUCAGAUCGACUGGUUACUGGACCGUCAUGUAAAGCUCUUAAAACUGCUGUCUCAGCUUUAUAUUCUGUCGAUGAUUUUCAUCGUGAGAAAAUUGGCUCGGGAUUCUUCUCGGAAGUUUACAAGGUGACGCAUCGAGUAACCGGAGAAGUGAUGGUGUUGAAAAUGAAUCAACUACGAUCCAAUCGACCUAACAUGUUGCGUGAAGUUCAACUUUUGAACAAACUUUCACAUCCAAAUAUUCUUAGCUUUAUGGGCGUUUGUGUCCAAGAAGGUCAACUUCACGCCUUGACUGAGUACAUACCCGAUGGUUCACUUGAACAGCUGAUACAAAAUAAAGCGGAAUACCUUUCACCAGCUAUGAAGAUCCGAUUAGCAUUAGGAAUUGCCAAAGGAAUGAAAUACGUUCAUGAGUGUGGCGUCUUUCAUCGUGAUUUAACUAGUAAAAAUGUUCUUGUGAGAAAGUCCAACGACGGUCACAUGGAUGCAGUGGUUGGAGACUUUGGAUUGGCUGCAAAAAUCCCAAGAAAAAGUGGGAAGUCUCGUCUUGACACUGUCGGAAGUCCUUAUUGGAUGAGUCCCGAAUGUCUCAACGGCUUAUGGUAUGAUCAGACAAGUGAUAUCUUCUCUUUUGGCAUCGUUCUUUGUGAGUUAAUUGCAAGAAUCGAUGCUGAUCCCGACAUUCUUCCACGAACUGAUUCAUUUGGACUCGAUUAUCUCGCGUUUGUUGAUCUCUGUCCCAGCGACACUCCACCAGCCUUCCUUCGAACAGCGUUCUAUUGUUGUACUUAUGAUCCGAAAAGUCGCUACACAUUUGCAGAGUUAGUUAAGAAACUGAUGCUACUAUCGGAUAAUCAGAACGGUUCAACAACAUUAAAUAGUAGUACGACAAACAGUAUUAAUUCAAGCAAUAACAGUUUGAACGGCACAUCAAACGGCUAUCAACAAUUGCCGACAAUUGUGAAGAAUGUUUACAACAAAAGGAAUUCAGUUGACUCACAUUUUGCUUCACAUCAGCCUCAAAUGGGAAAGAUUUAUAACCAGUCGAUAUCAGAAACGCCGCAAAAAUGUCAAUCAAGCGAGAAUGAUAAUGAAUUGAAUGCAACAUUGGCACAUCGGAGGUCGUUAAGUGAAAAUGUUAUAACAUCGCCACCUCAUACUGUUCCAGCUGAUAAAGCGCGUUGUCACAUGUUGAAUCGAACUGGAAGUAAACUACAAGAAGAAGCAAUUAAUGAGACCAACACAACAUAUUCAAAUGUGACACUUCGUAAGGUUGCUGAAACGAUGUUCCUUAAAGAUCCACAAUAUAAACCGCGUCCCAAAGAAGAUUCAAAACCGAAUCCAUUUGCAGCACUUGCACAAUUGCGUGGUGUUAAGAAAAUUCUCGGUGCAAAUGCAACAACUUACACACCAGGUGCGGGUGAUUUAUUCAGUUCUUGUUUCGAAAUUUCAUCGCCUUUUCUAAAGAACCUUAAAGAAUUGAAUUGCAAACGUAAUCAGCUGACAUGCACACACACACAUCAACCAAAGAGUCUACCGAAUUCACCAUUGUCAAGUCGAAAAGAUUAUGCGAUAGAACAUCUCACUGGAUCAGUUUAUGAGAAUGUUCAAGAUGGAAAUAAAUGCAGUAAGAAGUGCUUUGAUAAACUCCAAAAUCAUCCGCUUUAUCAGAGCGGUAAACAUGAGACUGAAACGAAAGUAGUUAAAUCAAAUGGAGAAACAAUGACGAUACCAAUUCUCCCAACGAUCACAACGACAACGAUUGGUGCGUCAGCAUCACAUUCGUACACGAAACUUGUUGAUAAGAUUGAACCGUCACUUAUGGAAUCGCCUAUGACGACAGGUACUGUAGGAUCGUUUUAUGAGACGCCACGUUUACUCACGAGACGUGGAUCAACUGAAAGUGGAUUCUUUUCAUGUCUCAAUGAAGAUUUUUGUGAUAAGACUCGUGAUGUUGAUGUGAUGAUGAAUCAAUAUUGUUGUAAUUGUUGUCCAACGUCAUCGACACCAGAGAGUAGUAAGAAGGAUGAUGCGUCGAAUGAUUCGUCUUCGAUGUCUUUGAGAAGUUUGGAUGACUUGGAAUUGUCGCAAUCGCGAUUGAAUAGACGAACGAAUUGUCCACAUCGUCAACAUAUUGAUAUUGAUACACGCUCGAUUGACAUGGGUCUCAUCAACAGAUUAGCUUUGGACACUGAAAUUAAUUCUUUAAUUCAGAAACAUCAAUUUUCCAAUCAAUUGUUCCAUUGCAAGAAUCGAACGUCGUCAAUUUAUUCAGACAGCAGCGACAGUCUUGCUGGAUCUGAUUCACUUUUAUGGGACGAUCGAUCUUAUUCGAUUCCUAACACACGAUCAGCGCAAAUUGCAAAAAUUGUUGAGUAUUUUGAGCGAAAAGGUGCAAACUUUAAAGCGCCGACUUUUGCAGUACCUGAAAUCAAACCAUCGACAAGUUUUGUGACGUCGCCUUCAAGAAAUUAUUUGCCAACAUCGCAUUAUCAUCAACAUAAACAGUUGACCGACUACUUUGUGGACCUAAGAAGAGAUUUCAACGACAUCACAAAUUCAACACCAACGACAAGUGGAGCUGCCGGCUUUGCUGGCCUUUCAGGGCCUUACAAGAGUCAACGCGAUUAUGAGAAUUUCUGUUUGGAGUUUUCUGAUAAGAAAUCACCGCAAAACUUCCAUAAAAUUUGUGAAGGUCUUGUGAAGUCAAAGUUACAAUUGUUUGAUAAACUCAAGCAAAACAAUCAACAAGAGAAGUAAAUAAAUAAACAAUUUCAUAACUAAAUUAAUCAUAAUAAAUGUGAAUAAGCUCAUGAAUGAUAAAUUUUCUUCCAAAUAUUUCAUAAAGUAAAAGUUGCCAAUAUUUUAUUCCCGAAAGAUUCUUUUUCCUUUAUUUUUCUUCAGUUCCUUGAGUCUUCCCAGAAGAUGUUCAAAUGUGAAAUAUUUACAUACAAACAGCGAUUUUGCUACGUUUUUAAGACCAAAUUUAAUGCUUUUUUGGGGAAGAAAAUUAUUUGAGAAAAAAAAGAAGUUAAAUGUGAGAAAUAUUAAAAAAUAUUUAACUUGUUAGUUGUAGCAAAAAAAUGUAAAUUUUUGAAGAUUUAGAUUCAAAUUUAAUAUUAAAGAAGACGAUUGGGAUGAUGUUAAGGAAAAUUAUUCAAGUUUUAUCGAUAAAUGAAGAAGUUUUUUAGUGAAGUUUACAAUCAUCAACUAAUAUUUAUUAUAUCACAAGCAACAGAGGCAUCAGAUGAGAAUUUGAUUAGGAAUUUACUUCUUGGGAUGACAAUUCAUUUAUUUUCAUUGAUUUCGAAAAAAUUAAACUUGCAAUUUUGACAUAAAAUAAAUGAAUUAUCGAAUCCUGAAACUGAUGCUGUCUACGUUUGAAACAAAUAUUUUAAAAGAAUUGUAAAUAAUUUGAAGGGACGUUCGUAAUUUCCGUUUGAUAAUUAAAAUCAAUUGAAAAAUUGAUUACGAAUGCUCUCCAAAUAUAUGUGGAUUAAUAACACUUCAAAAAACAUCCAAAAUAAAUUUUUUAUCAGAUAAGAUUGUCGUCCUUCACAAAUUUACGUGCACCGUCCUGAUAAUUACAUUAAAAUAAUUGAAUGUUGUCUUUGAGAAACUGAAAAUGAAAAACUUUCAUCAGACAAAAACUCCAAGAAAUUAACUUAGAUAAUAAAAUUGGCGUGAAGAAAAUUGUUUAAUCGGAAAUUAAUAGUCAAAUUUUACAGAACAAAAUUUCUCUCGGUGUUUAUUGUAAUUGGAGAUUAUUAAAUGAAAAUUUUGAAGAGAUUAACUAAAUUAUUUACACAUUUGUAGAUUAAACAUAUCGCAGAAAAAGAAGAUUUUGGCAUGGAAAAUGCGGAAAAGGAUUAAAUAAACUUUAAUUAAGUUUAUUAAGUUAGUAAUCAUUGAAAGUUUUAUCAAAUUCAAGUAAUAAAUUGUCUUCCCCUACUUUCUAUCAUCGACAUUCUAAUGAAAUUUAAUAAGCAAAUUAAAUUUUCAAAUCCCAAUCAAAGAUCUUCAGUGAAACAUUUUAAUUAUUUAUCAUCAAUCUUCCUUCACUUUGGUUAGACUUCUAAAUAUUUUAAGGGACAUGCUUGCAAUAUAUAUUUUUGAUCAAUCAUAUGUAGAUUUGUAUGUACUUUUAAUGAUUCUUUGCAACGCUUCUUUAAAUUUAAUUUUUUUUAUUUUAAGUUUCAUCAACGCGUUACCAAAAAUAAACUGCGUACUAAUAAACAUAAACUUAGUUACUAAUUAUUUAUCACUACUUUUUGUUCAGAUAACUGAUGAUAUUUUCUUUAUAAUGUCCAAUUAAAGUUCUUUCUUUCAAUAUCUUCAAAUCUUUUAAAAUUUGUUGAUUCAUGAAAUGCCAAAAAAGUUUUAACAUAAUUUUAAAUACGCGAUGUAUCGUGGGUGAAAUGGAAAGUUUCACCUAACGGAUCGAUCGGGACGUUGACUGCAAUUAAAAAUGGAACCUAAUGAAGCAAAUGAAUAUAUUUAAUUAAUAUUAAUAUUUAGUUAAAGUUAAGGUUUAAUCAACUACCGAAUUUUUGUUUCGAUAAGAAAGUUGAAAUUAAAAUCCCGGCGUUUCCUACGUUGCUGAUUUUUUUGUGGCAACAAAUGUAGGAUUUGUAAUGAAAUUUAUUUAAAUUUCGUCUUUUUAGAAAGCAAAAAAAAAUUAAGAAAGAGAAAGAUUUAAAGAAAGGAAGUUCAUUGAUUAAGAAAUAUAAAGUUGAAUGUAGAAAUGGAAAGAAAAAAUGUUUUUUUAAGAUAAAACCCAAGAGAAAAUAAAAGUGAACAUUAAUUAGAAAUCAUAAA